AUGUCUGAUCCAAUAGAAUUACUUCAAAGAGCUGAAAAGACAGGUGUACCAUCAUCAGGGUUUGCCAAAUUAUUCGGUGCCUCCAACUCUUCCAAAUAUGAAGAGGCAUCUGACCUAUGUAUUCAAGCUGCCAAUAUAUAUCGUCUUCGUAAGGAAUUGAAACUAGGUGGUGAUGCCUUCUCUAAGGCGGCUACUUUCCAAAUCAAAGCUGGGAAUGAGGAUGACGCAUCCAAUAUCUUCAUUGAUUCCUAUAAAUGUUAUAGAAGUUCAGGAAACUCAUCUGAUGCGGUCAACUCAUUGACUAUGGCUAUUGAUUUAUUUACAAAAAAGGGACAAUUUAGAAGAGCUGCCAAUUUUAAGUUUGAAUUGGGAGAAAUAUUAGAGAAUGACUUGAACGAUUAUGUUAAGGCUAUUGAAGCUUAUGAAACUGCCGGAGAAUGGUAUUCCCAGGAUCAAUCCGUUGCAUUGGCUAAUAAAUGCUAUAUUAAAAGUGCUGACUUGAAAGCAUUGAACGGGCAAUAUAUUGAAGCAAGCGAUCUAUAUUCCAAGUUAAUUAAAAAUAGCAUUGGUAACAGAUUAAGCGAAUGGUCAUUGAAAGAAUACUAUUUGAAGAAAGGGUUAUGUCAGCUUGCAGCUACUGAUAAUGUUGCGGCAACUAGGACCUUGCAAGAGGGACAGCAUGAUAGUCCAAAUUUUGCUGAUUCUAGGGAGGCUACUCUAUUGAAAAGUUUGAUAGAUUGCGUAACUGAAGGUGAUGCUGAAAAGCUAAGUGAAACAGUAUUUGAAUUUGAUAAGUUCUCCAAAUUGGACAAGUGGAAAACAACUAUCUUAUUGAAGAUUAAAGAUACAAUUUCUCAAGCGGAGGAUGAUCUGUUAUAG